AUGAAGACUGCUAUAAAUUACUUGAUCUUAAACCAAGCUAGCGUUGAUAUUCUAAUCACUUUCAUAUAUUUGAUGGAUACUGUUCGUGUCAAUUCUUACCAGGGAUGGUGGUUUGGAGGAAACAUGGGAAACUUUACUUGCAAGCUAUGUCAUGCAAGCUUUUAUUUCCUCCCAUCUUUUUCUCUUUUUCCUACUCGUAGCAAUUGCUGUCGAUCGCUUUUAUGCAGUAACUCGACCUUUCGAUAGGACACCAAUAUCUUGACACUUAAAAAAAGUAAUUUUGACAUUAUGGAUUUUCUCACUCAUUCUUUCGGCACUGGUUUUUGCAAACGGGCACCUAGAGACCAAAAAGGAAUCUUACUUGUGUCAUACACAUAGCCCCCUGAAAUAUACUAAUGGGAAAGAGUUGAAUGUUAUAUCAUUAACCCUUGCCGUUGUCAUCCCUAUGACGCUUUUGGCAGUUCUAUACACAAGAAUAUGCAUCAAACUAUGGUCACGUCAAGCACCCGGAGAAGGAGCCAGUCAAAACCAACGCCGACUUCAAGUUAUAGUGACAGCAAAAAAGGUUACCCGGAUGAUGAUCGCAAUCGUUGUUUCAUUCGUCAUUUGUUGGGUUCCUUUCUAUGUAAUAAUGGCACUGUUACAUCUUGGAUUUGUGCAAAACAAGGCAGUUCGAUUUUCAGUUUGGUUAUCGGUCUCCUUCAGUGGCAUCAAUCCUUACGUUUAUUUCGCCUUUAGUGCAAACUUUAAAAAUGGGUUGAAGCAUUUGUUUGGAAACAUUCAUAUUUUUCCACCUAGAUCCGAGAGGAUAGAGCUUCAGCAAAUUUAG